GUUAGAUUUGUGAUGUGCCUGCUUGUCGUAAGAGGAAGGGGUGCUAAAUGAUUGAUUGAUCAAUGACAAGCUUAGCUUCUCAACCCCUAUGUCUCUUUCCUUUGGAGACAUGGGUUGUCAAUGAGUUCAAAGUUAACUAGCCACCAUGAUGGCCGGCAUGCCAAACGGCUCACACCUUAAGGCAUGACAUGAUACCCUCGUGAUAAAGCAUGACUUGAGUAGCUAGUCAUGGCAUUGAUGAUAUAUUGGGAAAGAAUAGUGGAGGCAGUGAUUGAUUUUGGCCUGUUAAUUUUCAAGGCCAAUGCUAACCAAGGUUGAAUAAGGUGUAGGGGUAGUUUACUAUGUUUUGGUUUUUAUUAAUAAAACCAGCGAGCAUUUUUUUUAGUGGUGUAGUUCACGUUAACUACUUAGUCCAUAGUCCUUAUGUACUAAGUAGUUGGGGGCAUUUGUUUACCACGAAAAAAUCACUCAAUACCACAUUGAUUAUUUUCAAGGAGUGACAGUGAUUUAUAAGGACAACUUAACCAUAUCAAUUAAAUUGGUUUAAACUGGGCCUAAAUGAUGAUAUUUUGGGUUUCAUACCAGCUACCUCAACACACACCACUUGACCCACCAAACACCCACCUCUCAUCCCAGAGGGGUUAAGUGUCAAGCGUUGACACCCUUCAACAUCAACCACCCAAAUCGGCAUGAUGUGGGCAAAAUUUGGCUAAGUAUGGAGACCCACCACAAGGGGGGUCAAGCAUGGCAUCAUCCCAGGAGGGUCAAGCAUGCUGUCAUGCAAGGGGGGUCAAGCACCAAGUACCAUGGUCGUCAACCUACCUUGCACCCUGGUAUCAAGCAUGAUGCCAUGCAAGGAGGGUGAUAUCAACUACCUCUAGACGAGGUAAGGGAAGAAGGCGAAAUUUGGCUAAGUGUUGAGACCCAAGCACAAGGGGGUUCAUGCAUGACAUCAUCCAAGGGAGGUCAAGCAUGACAUCAUCCAAGGGGGAUCAAGCACGAUGUCAUGCAAGUGGGGUCAAACACUAUGUCGUCUACCUACCUUGUGCUAGGGUGUUAAGCAUGAUGUCGUGCAAGGAGAGCUAUCACCAGUACCCCUAUACAAGGGAAACGUGAAUGCCUCUAGGAUGUGGCGACAAAGGAGUAGAAAUUUGUCUAAGUGUUGAGACCCAAGCAUAAGGGGGUCAAGCAUGACAUCAUCCCAGGGGGGGUCAAGCAUGAUGUCAUGCAAGUGGGGUCAAGCACUAUGUCGUCUACCUAUCACAAGUACCCCUAGACGUGGUAGUGACAUCUCACCGCUCACUUUGCCUACAGUCACACUGGGGAUGAGAUUCAAUUAAGUAUGGAGUUUUCUCUCGACCACCUCCCAUGUACUACAGUACAAGGGGGGGGGGGGGGGUCAAGCAUGACAUAGUCCAAGGGGGUCAAGCACUAGGUACCAUGAGAGCCAACCACAAGGGGGUCAAGCAUGAUGUCAUGCAAACAGGUCAAGCACGCGUAUCACCAACGCAUCAAACAUCAAGAUGAAGCCAAACAAGACACCUCCAUGGCACAAGGGCUAGCUAUCAAGUUAAGUCAUCAAGGUGCAAGGUAUCAAGUGGCAAACAUGCAAGACAGUCAUGGGAUCAAGCAAGCAACGUCAAGCACCAAGUAGAGCAGCAGUUACCAAGAGGCGGUUACAAGUAAUGGCUAUAAAUAGGGGAAACAAAGACGAAUCAAGGGUUCCAUAACCAACCAUUUGACACCCAAUGUCGAACUUUAUCCUUUUCUCUGCAAUGUAGCUUUAGCCGUAGUUGGAGCUCUCACUGAACCUCCAUAGCAGUAGGAGUAACGUAACUUAGUUUUAUCAGCCAUCAAAAUCAUCAAAUACCCUAGUUCGAACAUUGUUCGGAGAGGAUUGAACCGUGUAAUUAUCGUUGUUCAAGAAGUCAAAGGUGCAUUCAUUGUGUUCAAACACCAGUUUUUCCUCGCCGGAAAACAGCUACACACAUCGCUUAUUGUCAGUGACGAUAUUUUCAUGCAUGAAAAAUAACUUGGCAAUUAGAAACAUGUUUAUCGCCGGAAGGGGUACAGAAGCAUCUGUUGUGCAGUACAGAAACAUCCACCUUAGAACACAUCUACGCUUGGGCAGUACAACAAUCAACACUUGUUCAUCUACAUUUUUAUUAUAGUUGUUGGUAAACGGUAUAGGAUACAUAAUUAAACCUCCCCAAACAACUCGAGUUAUUGGAAUUAACUGGUUCUUGACAUGGUAUCAAAGUCUUUUGUGAUCGACGAGUCUCCGGUUCGAAUCCUGGUAACCUCUGAUUUGUAAAGCACAUGUAUUGUGCAAACUCAAAACCUAUUUAAGUGGCUUGAGUUUGAGGGGGCGUGUUGGUAAACAGUAUAUGAUCAUAAUUGAACCUCUCGAAAAACUAUGUACCAGUACCGCUACUCGAUGUAACAAAUUGAUCUUUGCCAUUUUUCUCUUUUGAUAUCACAGUUCACAACUAGCUUGAUAUAGGCCGAUUCUCUCUUGUUUGUUUUCUAAUAUUUAGAAGAAAAUCAUAUCAUAAUAUUUUGGGUGGGUCUAUGGUGCCUUGCAUGUCACCGUAACUUGCACUUUCGGUCAACCUCAGUUAGGAUUAGGUCGACCUAAUCUGUUGUUUCAGUAUGGGAACGUGUUUGGGAACCUAAUCAAAAGGUUAUGCCAAAACUGGGAAACUGCUUGAAAAUGGCUAAGUCUGGGAAUGUGUUUGUGAAGUCUACUUUGGAGCUCAAUUUGAGAAACAUGGAUGAGAGUCGAGUCCAGGGGCCUCUACAAAAUGAAAUUAGGUAUGAUUUUCUACAAAGGCAAGGCAUUGGAUGAAAGAUUGGAUAUAUGGAAGGCUUCAAACAAAAGGCUUGAAGUUGUUAUGAAGUAAGCUACCUUCUAGCACAAGCAAGCUGCCAGAAAAACAGCUUCGAGCCUUUUGUUUGAAGCCUUCCAGAUAUCCAAUAUUUCAUCCAAUGUCUUGCCUUUGUAGAAAAACAUACAUACUUUCAUUUGGUAGAGGCCCCCUGGACUCGACUCUCAUCCAUGCUUCUCAAAUUGAGAUCCAAAGUAGGCUUCACAAACAGGUUCACAGACUUUGCCAUUUUGAGGUAGUUUCCCAGUUUUGGCAUAGCCUUUUUAUAUGGUUCAUAAAUUGGUCUUCUGGACUUAUUAUUUGAUCUCUCGAGCACUUCAAUGUGUAGAGGGACACUCCAGCUUCAAAACAAGCUAUUAAUCUCCAAUUUCCAUUGAGCCAAUUGUAAGAUAUGAAUCUCCAAAGUAGGCACCAUGAAACUAUUUUUACACUGAAACAACAGAUUAGGUCGACCUAAUCCUAACUGAGAUCGACCUAAUCCUAACUGAGGUCGACCGAAAAGUGCAAGUUACGGUGACUUGCAAAUCAUCGUAGCAAAGGCCUAAUAUUUAUAGGGGUUGUUUUCAGAAUAAUAAUAUAUAGGGGUUUAAUUUGGUUUUAUAAUAAUUUCAGAAUAUUUUAAAUUUGGCAUAAUGAAAUUGUAAUCCAAUUGACAAAUGAUUUUUUUAUGAUGCUUAUUUUUUUUUUCCAAAACAAUACUUGUAUUAAUCAAGACAAUCAAGUUACAUUGAUCCAACUUCCGACCAAACCUAGGACCGAAAUCAAACCCAUUACACUCUCUAGGAAACAAAGAAAGGGUCUUCCUAGCCAUCAAAUGGACUAACCUAUUACUCUGUCUAUCUACAAAUCAAACCUUAGACCCAUGAGUGACUUUAAAGAGCUCACGAACUUCAUCCAGGAUUACUCCACCACACACAUCCAUUGUAUUGCCUGAAUUUACCUUGUUGGUCACCACCUUAGCGUAUCCAUUAAUGAUGACAUGUUGCAGACCCCUUUGCCUACACCAAAUGAAUGUAUCCCGAAGAGUGAAAAGUUCCACUAGCAUAGGAUCAAGCAAAUCAUCAUAAAUCACGCCAUGAGUCAUCAUGUAGAACAAAAUCUCCUAUGCGUGAUAAUCUGCACACACUGCUCCAUCAAAGGAACAUCUUUUGACCCCUCCCCUUCAGACGCAUGGCUUGCCAAACUUAUAGCUUCAGCUACAACCCGAUUUUCCCCCAACCUAUUAGGCAAACCUUCCCAUUCCUGGACUUGAUAUUCAAAUUGGGUUUUCAAUAUGCUAAGUAGGGUUUGUUGUCCUUGCAAAGCCACCAGAUUUCUAGCUUUCCAGAUCCUCCAGAGCACACAAAGAAUACAUACAAGUCUAGGACCUUGGCCCAAAGCCAACAAUACCGUACUAAUUGAGCUCUCCAGUUAUGCCAAGUGGUAUCAGAACCUGGCUCGGGUCCAUGAUGGUGGACGUUAGUUUGGUGGGGAUCCUCAUUCGGUGGCUUUGGGAUUUGAGAUUUGCAUCGGGUUUGGUGGAUCCAGGAGAGAUCCACGUUUGGGUUUGGCGAAUCAAGGGAGGUCCGCGUCUGUCUAGUGGAUCUAGGAGAGAUCCACGUUUGUUUGACGGAUCAAGAAAAUCGCCGAGGAGAGGACACGAAGUUGGUGGUCCUUGUCUUGAGGGGACGAUUGUUAUGAGGACAAUCCAAGUACCACAUCAGUAAUACAAGGGAAGGAACCCUUGUAUAUUAGUGUCCACUUAGCACAUUAGUACGAGGCCUUUUGGGGAGGACACCCAAGAGUAAAUCCGUGCGGGCUUGGCCCAAAGCAGACAAUAUCGUACUAAUAGAGCAGCCUGAUUUGUGACAAGUGGUAUCAAAACCUGGUUCGGGUCCACGGAGGUGGACGUCAGUUUGGUGGAACCCCUCAUUUGUGGACCUCAGGAUUUGAGAUCUGCAUCUAGUUUGGUGGAUCCACGAUAGAUCCAUGUUUGGGCUAUGUCUGGUUUGGCGAGUCGAAGGUGAUUUGCGUUUGUUUGGUGGAUCCAGGAGAGAUCUACGUUUGGGCUUGGAGGAUCAAAGAGAUUUACGCAUUUAGAAAGCGGAUCAAAGAGAGUUCUGCGUUUGGAAAAAUCCUUGUAUCGAGAAGCCCAUCGAUACAAGGUGUCUGGCGGAUCAAGAUAAUCGCUGAGGUGAUUACACGAAGUUCGUGGUCCUUGUCUUGAAAGGAGGAUUGUUAUGGGACAAUCCAAGUACCACAUCGGAAAUACAAGGGAAGGAACCCUUGUAUAUUAGUGUCCACCAAGCUCAUUAGUAAGAGGCCUUUUGAGGAAGGAUACCCAAGAGUAAAACCGUGCGGGCUUGGCCCAAAGCGAACAAUAUCGUACUAAUUGAGCUCCCCAGUUAUAACAAGUGGUAUCAGAGCCUGGUUCGGCGGAUCCGGGGUGGUGGACGUCAGUUUGGUAAGACUCUCAUUCGGUGACCUCGGGGUUUGAGAUCUGCGUGUGUCUGGUGAGUCAAAGGUGAUUCGCGUAUAUUUAGUGGAUCCAGGAGAGAUUUGCGUUUGAUUUGGCAGAUGAAAGAGAGUUAUGCGUUAGGAAAAAUCCUUGUAUCGAGAAUCCCAUCGAUACAAGGUGUAUGGCGGAUCAAGAUAAUCAGUGAGGAGAGGACACGAAGUUCGUGGUCCUUGGAUUGAGGGGAGGAUUGUUAUGAGACAAUCAAAGUACCACAACGGAAAUAAAAGGGAAAGAACCCUUGUAUGUUAUUGUCCACCAAACUCAUUCCACUUGUUAUAACCUGGCCGCUCAAUUAGUAUAAUAUUGUCCGCUUUGGGCCAAAAUGACGUCCACCGCCCCGCACCGAACCAGGCUCCGAUACCACUUGUCACAAAUCGGGCUACUCCAUUAGUACGAUAUUGUCUGCUUUGGGCCAAACCCACACGGUUUUACUCUUGGGGUGUCCUCCACAAAGGCCUCGUACUAAUGAGCUUGGUGGGCACUUAUAUAUAAGGGUUCCUUCCCUUGUAUUUCCGAUUUGGUACUUGGAUUGUCCCAUAACAAGAAGUUCAUCAUUGGUGGAAUUUGCAAACUUCUGAUCUUGAUCCAAAACUGCCGAUCUAUCGUACUACACUCAGCUUACAAUCUCAUGCUCCCAGAUGCGAAAGUCUGUCCCCCAACCUAUACCCUGAUUUCAUGUUAGAUUCCCAAUCUUCUCUCCAGACCAGUCUAUCAAGUUUCGGCUCCCACGGUAAAGGAAUUGCUAACAUAUGUAGCUAGAGUCGUCUUCGGGGAGAAAGCCGAAUGUAGGAAAUCUAGUCACCAUCUUCCCUUAUCACGAUCAAUCAUUUGAUCCACUAUUUUUGUACCCACCAGUUGUACCCUAGGAAUCGUUUCAGGCUUUUCUCGAUACAACAAUGGGAUCCAUCCUGUGGAAUCAAUCAAAAUUUCUCCCCCGAACCAAUUUGCCAUCCCAUGCCUUGUAUUAGUCGGGCACGACCAUGUAGGAGCCCGUGCCACCCCCCAAGACAGUCGUGACCUAGGUUGUGUAGUCCAUAUUGAACCAUUAGGGAAAUAUUUCCCUUUAUAAAUCUGUAGCCUAGAC